AUGUUCACUGAUUUCUCAAUUGCUAAAAACCCAGUGAUUAUUGAUGUAGAUGGUGCAACUGACGAUUUUCUUGCGAUUCUUUACGCGCUUAAAUCUAAGGAAUUUGAUGUACGUGGUAUUACUUACCAAGGUGACGGAUGGUCACAUGCAGGUUCCUUAGGUACCCCAGGCUGCACUUAUCAAAAGUCGGUCCCAGAAAGUAAUCUUGGAAAACGUGAACAUGAUUUACUAUACGGCCUUAAUAGACAGCUUAAACUAUCAAAACGGAUAUGGUAUGACGCUAUCAAAGGUUUUAAUAUCACUAAGAACUUUGCCGAUCUUAUUGAUUCUACGAUUAAACAAACUGGAAAAAAAACCAUAAUUAUAAUAACUGGUCCAGCUACCAAUAUUGCAACUCUUUUACGUGCAUUUCCAACUUACACUAAAAAAAUUCACAAAGUUUUCUGGAUGGGUAGAGCUUUAAAUGUUCAUGGAAAUUUACAUACCGUACCAAAUAAUAUUCGCGCAGAAUUUAAUGUUUUUCUUGAUUGUGUUGCUGCUCAAGAAUUACUUGAUUCUAAUUUGGAUAUUACUUUAGUACCAUUAGAUUUUACAAGUAAAACACCAUUUAAUGCUAGUUUUUUCGAUGAACUCUCAAAACUCAAAAGUUUCUAUGAUAUAUUUGUAUAUAAACUUUUGUCUACUAUUCGUUCAAUAUGGCCUGGUGGGGACUCUGCAUUCUUUACUGGUUAUUAUCUUUGGGAUCCUAUAACAAUUGCUGUUGCUAAAAAUAUUGGUGUUGCAAAAAUUUUUGUUAGUUCUAAUAUCCUUACAAAAUCAAAAUUUAAAAUUGCAAUUGACGCUAUUGUUGGUGAUCCUAUUGAAAGCUCUCCAUUUUUUCAAGAUUUUCUUAAU